AUGCCAUCGAGACUGGUCCUAUACCCGCACCCGCACUCGCACUCGCACUCGGACCCGUACCCGUACCCGUACUCGCACUCGGACUCGCACCCGCACUCGGACCCGCACUCGCACCCGCACUCGGACCCGCACCCGCACCCGCACCCGCACUCGGACCCGCACUCGCACCCGCACUCGGACCCGCACCCGCACCCGCACUCGCACUCGGACCCGCACCCGCACUCGGACCCGCACUCGCACUCAGCUGAAAGUGACAAUCUGUUAUUUAUUUUUCAAGUUUCUCAGCUGUUGUCAGAUAUUGUUGUUCUGUAA